AGCAGUUGUUAACGAUAUUCUCCGAUGGUGGCAACACCGGCGGAGAAUGCACCAAGUCUAUAACAUUAAGUUUUUGGAUUAAAAGGACAACAUUGUUUUGAUAUGGAGGAAAUAUAUUUGUCUCUUUUUCUAGAUACUGUGAUAUGUCAAAAGGGCCGCUCAAUGUCGAAUGGCUAUGCAUGGACAGCGCAAUACUUUUACCUCCUACAGGCACGCCAAUGACUGGAAUAGAUUUUGUAAAACGCUUGCCUUGUGGUGAGAGCGAGAAGGCAAGAAGAGCCAUACGGUUGUUCUUUCUGAUGCGCAACAGUUUGCUAACACUCAGCGGCGAAGUAGAGAACCAACUACCACUAACGAAUCCCCAGAGCUGCGUGCAGAUAGACCAUGCCCUGGAUCUGAGUAUAGCUCGUUGUGUGUCAUCAGCCAAGUGAAUUAAGCAAUCGCUAGUUUUCAGUUUGGCUUGAUUUGAUUUAGUUGAGCAAUUUUAAACACUUUAUUUCUGAAAUUGAUUGUAUCGUAUGUUUUAAUAAAUUAAAAAUAGUU